CUGAUUAGGAAUUGUGGGAGUUACACACCAGCCUCUCACUCGCCGAGGCUUCUUAAACAGUGAUUCAUCCAGAGAUACAACAAAAGGCAGAAGCAGCGGCCAGAGUCCGGAUUUACGCUUAUCUUUUCAUGCACGAAAGAGGCAUUGAGAAAGAUUAACGACCCUUAGAAGCCCCUGUGCAGCCACAAGUCCUUCAGUGUGACGUGCUGCGCUGUCGCAGUGAACCACUGGGAAGGCCAUGGAGGGAAACGUGGAUAUGAGGUCGGAGUUGGAGGAGAUGCAGCGGUGCGCUGAUCAAAUCACGGAUGAGUCCUUGGAGAGCACUCGCCGUAUGCUGCAGCUGGUGGAGGAGAGCAAAGAUGCCGGGAUCAGGACUCUGGUCAUGCUGGAUGAGCAAGGAGAGCAAUUGGAGAGGAUUGAAGAGGGAAUGGAUCAGAUCAAUAAGGACAUGAAAGAAGCAGAAAAAAAUCUGUCGGAUCUGGGCAAAUGCUGUGGUCUUUGUUCCUGCCCCUGCAAUAAGUUAAAGAACUUCGAGGCUGGAGGAGCCUACAAGAAGGUGUGGGGAAAUAACCAGGAUGGUGUGGUGGCCAGCCAGCCAGCUCGAGUGAUGGACGACCGGGAGCAGAUGGCCAUGAGCGGUGGAUAUAUCCGGAGGGUCACAGAUGACGCUCGGGAGAAUGAGAUGGAAGAAAACCUGGAUCAGGUGGGCAGCAUCAUCGGCAACCUCCGACAUAUGGCACUUGACAUGGGCAACGAGAUCAGCUCCCAGAACGCCCAGAUUGACAGGAUUGUCACCAAGGGUGACAUGAACAAAGCCCGUAUCGAUGAAGCCAACAAGCAUGCCAACAAGAUGCUAGAGAGCGGCUGAAGGGAAACACAAGCUUCACCCAUCCUGCCAUACUGCCAGAUUCAUCCAUCAUCCAUUGCAGCAUCUACAAGGUCCAGGAGGGGCAAGUCCCUGUGCUGUGAUAGGAAACCGCAAGGUUCAAUAUCUCUGUACAUUAUAAUUUAUUUUAUAAUUUCUCAGUGUAGCCAAAUGUUCCAGUUGUGGAAAGUGUAUUUUUUUAAGUGUGGAUUUGUAUUAUGGCCUGUUGAAAGAGUAAAUUGUGUAUUUAGUUUUUUAAUCUUUGUACUUGUCAAUGGUUUUUCUGUUUGAGUCUUUCUGUGUAAUAUUGUGAUUAAAAUGUGUGCAUAGCCAAAUGGAAAGUGAGCUCUCUGUGUGUGCAGUUGAACCUCGAUAAACACAAGCCAGGUCCAGCGUCCCUCUCUAACCAGAGGGCUUUAACCUCAGACUUGGCCGCUCGUAGUCUAUUAACCAAAAAAGUCACAGGCAGAUACUCCAGCUGGCAGGGGAUGAGCUAUAUCUUUCCUAUAGUCACAGAUCUGUUAACUGGGAACCUCCAGCUCAAUUUGCUGGGAUUUAUCCCAGUAAAAAAAAAAUCACAAUGAUAAAAUUGUUACAGCACACAAGGAGGCCAUUCCACCCACCGAGUCCGUGCUAGAUGUCUGGAGGCACGAGUGGCCAGCCAUUUCAAUUCCACUUCCCAUUCCCACACCGACACGUCUGUCCACUGCCUCCUCCACUGCCAGGUCACGGCCAAACGAGAAUAAGAGGAACAGCACCUCAUAUUCCACCUGGGCAGUCUUCAACCUGGCGCCAUGAACAGCGAAUUCUCGAACUUCUGGCAACCGCUCCCUAUCCGUCCCUUUCCCCAUUUUUUUUCUUUUUCUCUCCCCUCCUGAUCCAUUUGGCCCCGAUCACCCUCUGUCUUUCCAAUCCUCCACCUGCCCAUCACCUACACACUCCUCCCUCCAGCUCCCCUCCCCACCUCCCUCCCUUUGUUCCAUGCCCCACCGUCCUCUCCUAUCGGAUUCCAUCAUCUUUAGCCCUUUGUCACCUCUACCUAUCACAGCUUCUGACAUCGGUCACAACAUCACCUGGAUCCACCUAUCACCUGCCAGUUCUUGCUCCACCCCUUCCCUUCACCUUUUUCUACUGGCUAUCUCCCCCUUCCAGUCCAGGUGAAGGGUCUCGACCCAAAACAUUGACUGUCCAUUUCCCUCCAUAGAUGCUGCCCGACUCACUGAGCCCUUCCAGUGCCUCUUGUGUUGAUCCUUGACACCUGGGUUUGAUGGGUGCCCAAGAUUUCUUUUCCACUGCCAUUUCAGAACAGUUUGCCUUGUGUACUCUGCCCGUUAAAUCUUUGUGACUUAUGCCAAUAAAUACUGUGUUGUAAUCACAGUUCCUUGUUUAUUGCAAGGGGAUGGGAAUUGGGACAGUUCAAUCCAGGGGAUUCCAAAGUGUGGAUCAGGGUGAGUGUUUAUCAGGAUUCAGCUGCAGAACUUGCUAUAAAGGAGACAGCUUUUUCCCCAAGUGUUUGCCCUUUGAUGGGGUUGGGGUUUCUGCAUCAUUGUGUAGAGCAAGUCAGAGGUGAAACCAAAGGCUUCUUUUUGUACCUUAUACCCUUUAAAGCAUAGAAACAUAACUUAAGACAUUCCGGCCAAAUUUACAGCAAACUUGGGGGUGAGAGGGUAAUUGGAAAGUCCGGACAGAUGUGCUGAGCUACAUCCCAGUAGUUUUCCACUUCCUCCGCACACCACACCCCUCCUCUCAACAAGGCACAUUCCUUUAUUACCCUGGUCCUUCUUCCACUGAUGCCUGAUAUACUCUGACAGAUUUCCCUCUACCUCCUGGUAGGCAUCUCCCUUGGUCCGAUGUGUUUUUUUUGCUGUUUGCACCCCAAAGAUUUAGGAGCCAACCCUGGAUGCCUCCCUUAGGGAAAAUUCACUUCCCUAAGUUCCCCACCCCUCCCCUUCUAGUGGUGUUCCUGGUCCAGGCAGUGGGGGAGCCACGUCUAUGGGGGUGGAACAUGUCCAGAAGAUAUCAAUGCUGCCCCUUUAAGAAAUAGUCCCAAUAUUAGAUUCUCUCUGAGAAUAGUUAAUUGCAGCAAACUUAUUCUUAGAAUAUUGAAACAACAGAUAAAUCGGGCACAAGAGGCCUUAUACAGCAAUUAACCCCUUCAGUCCCUGUCCUGCCUUUGGGAGCUGGAAGUAAGCCUUUCUUCUGUAAUGCAAUGGGGAGAGGGAUGCUGUCUCUUUAAGUGCUUGUUGAGUUGUGGGUUCACUGUGGUCAUCUGAUGGUUUCUGCAGUGACGGACGUCUUCCCUGCAAACUCAUCACGGUCUGACCCCUGAGCCCCAGCCCACUCACACAACUCGCUGGCCUGGUCCAACAUCUGCAUGCGACCAGUGUGGAAGUGUAACUGGCUUUACUUGUUCCCCCCCCCACCUACCACUUCCCCUUCCCCCUUUACUGCUGUCAGUGACAUUGUGGCUGUCCGUGCUCCCUGCGUUCCCAACCCCCUACCCCAGCUUGGAGAUCUGCUCUUCCUCCGCCAACUAAGACCGUGCGUUUGUAGACGGUGCAUGUCAGUGUCCGUAACUGUUGCACCCUUCUGCUGCUCGCAAACCCAGAGCCUCACCACCUCCUUCACCGCCUGUCUUCACUCAGUCGUGACCUGUAACCAUGCCGAGUUACACUGGGUCCUUAAAGCUAGCCUAAACUUAGAGGGAGUUUGCUCUUCGGAUCCCGCCUUAUAAAGAUGAUUCUUUCUCCAUUUUUUGUUGAUAGUUGAUUAUCUUUCCCUCGCCUGUUGUUUUACUCACUGGCUCGGUCAGUCGUGCUGUGAACCCCCGGAUUAACAGUGCGAUUUGUGGACUCUUAUUUAGUCCAGCAGAUAGACGGUUAAUUCUCGGCUGGAAAUUGGCAUCCACGCCUGCAUCUCAAGAUGCACCAAGAUCCGACUCUUCAACCCACUGGGAAAUACACCCUGAUUCAGAUCCUGUUCCUGACAACACCAGAAAACAAAAGUAGUAAAACACUGCAUCCAUCAAAGCUUUUAUUCCAUAUGUUAGCUUAUUGCAAUGAAAAAGAUCCACUCAGUUUAGCUCUGAGUUGCUCAGUGGAGUAAGAUACAGCGAUAUUGUGCCCUGUAUCUAAGGAAAGAUGUGCUGGCCCUGGGCAUGGUCCAGAGGAAGUUCACAAGAAUGAUCCCAGGAAUGAGGGGCUUAACGUAUGAGGAGCGGUUGAUGUCUCUGGGCCUGGACUCGAUGGAGUUCAGAAGGAUGAGGUGGGGGUCUCAUUGAAACCUACCGGAUCCUGAAAGGCCUGGAUACAGUGGACGUGGAGAGGAUGUUUCCAUCAGUAGGAGAGUCUAGGAUCUGAGGGCGCAACCUCAGAAUAAAGGGAUGUCCCUUUAAAACUGAGAUGAGGAGGAAGUUCUUCAUCCAGAGGGCGGUGAAUCUGUGGAAUUCGUUGCCACAGAGGGCUGUGGAGGCCAAGUCAUUGGGCGUAUUUAAGGCAGAGAUUGAUAGGUUCUUGAUUGGUAAGGGGGUUAAGGGUUAUGGAGAGAAAACGGGAGAAUACGGUUGAAAAAAUUAGCCCAUGAUUGAAUGGCAGAACAGAAUCGAUGGGCUGAAUGGCCUAAUUCUGCUCCUAUGUCUUAUGGUCUUAUUAAAGGCCUGGUGUAGGUAGUAUUGACUUUCUAUUGUCACUGUACUUAGGACUGCAUACCUGAAACAAAGAGAGGAAGUCAAGAAGUUGGCAGUAAUAUUGCCUGCUCCUCAAAUGAGAAAGAACAGGUUCAUGUUUUAUUUGGAAAGUUGUGUAUUUCUCUGAUUCUGGGCUGUUGAAUCUCCAACAACUACUGCUAUCAGCAGGCACCUCGGUGUUACUGCAGCAACAGAGCAAAAAGGGCAUGGUUUAUUUUUGCAAUAACUUUGGAAAUGCAAGACCAGCGAGAACGAUAGGCAUAAAAAAUUAAUAACUAUGUCAAACUCCUUCUUUAAGUUUAGUUCCCUGACAUUUUAUAAUAAAAUUGUGUGAAGUAAUUGUCUUGAUUAUAUGUCGGUUAAGUAACCAGCAUAAUCAUUUCAACAGUGUAAAAAGCACAGAUGAAAUGUCAAUCAUGUCUUGCUUAAGCCUGACUUGAAUGUUUUGGUAUGAAUUUGUUUUUAAGAUGUUACAAUGCCAUCGAUUAAAUAUGGGAUGAUGCAUGCCUUACACUUUGUAUCAGGAAAAUGCAACAACUUUGAUCAGCAACCUUACAAGGAGAAAAUUAAACCUAGUUUGUUGACAUCCUUCCUCUUGUGGCUCCCUCUAACUACCAUGGAUGCUUCUGGAAUGUUUUUCAGUUUCGGGGCAGAGUGUCCUGUAUUCACAAGUCUUAGAUUGAACUGGAAUCUUUUACCUCCUGCUUUGCUAAAGACUUUUAGGUGCCUUCUGAUUGGCUGUGGCAAUGGUAGUUACUACCUGAGUUAACCUCUUUUCUGGGCCCUGAGCCAAAAACAAUGCAUGAUGGGUGAAGUCCAGCAAAGGUGCAAAGGAUGGGAAUCAUUAGCUGAUGGUAAAGAUGCCACGGUCAAGGGAACAAAGCUCAGUGUUAAGGUGGACGGCUGUUGAAGACGACGAUGUGAAGUCAUCCUCCCUUUUCCUCCUUCCAAAAGCUGGUGUUGGGAAUCUGAAAUUCUGUGUAAUUUUUGUUACAAUUGUGGUAAAAUCUUAUCAUCUGAAUAGCAUAAAUAAACCAGAGUGUACUGCA